AUGGCCGAUACGUCCAACGACUCCCGUGCUCAAAAUGGUGUGAGCAACGCCACAAACGAAUCAGCAGCCCAACAAAUGGUCUUAGCUAUCGGGUCCCUUGGAAGUGCAAAGGAUUCAACCUAUACUGAUUUGAUUUCAAGUCUCCGAUCUGAUGUGGAUAAAUAUAUGGUAGAUAGGAUUUUGGAAGGAGCGGUGGAACCGCGCCCCAAUCGAUACCAAAAGGCGUACAUUGUACUUACAUCGGACGACUAUGUCUCUUUGGUCAAUAGUCUACCACAGCUAUUCGAGUUCAUCGCUCAGUCCCUUGCCCCUUCUGCGGAGCUCCGGAUCGAUGGUGCACCUCCGAAUUCCAACAUCGCCGACAUCCUAUCUUCUAAUGGUCUUACCAUCGCCUCUCAAUCAGGAUCAGACUCUCAGAUCACCGCUACCAAGCCUACAUCGCCACCAACUACCACAUCAAGCAGUCUUCCCCCCCAAUCCAUCGCCCUUCCCAAACGCAACUCUGCCAAAUCUCAAAAAGCUGCCAUUUGGAGCUUUACAACACCCUCUACGCCUACCAUUGAUCCGUCUACUUUACUUCAACCCUCGGAUCUUGCUCGGCCGGAGGCAAAGAAUUCCAAGGUAGUAAUGCUGAAUGGGCAGGUAGAUGGCGAGGCAGUGGUUAUGAGCCAGGAUGAAAAGGCAAGGUUGCUGGAAGCUGCCAAGAUGGCGAGCAAGGCGACAACUGGAGCCAGUGAGGAGCAAGCUCAAGGCACUCAGUCCAUCUUCGUCAAAUUUCUUCUGGUCCUCUGCCCAUGUAUCUUGAGGGGAGUGUGUAUGUUUGCUAAGCACAUCUGUUAUCAGCCCUGGAACCCAGCUUGGACAGCUAUAUGGAUAUGCAUCCAAGAGUGCACCGAUCCCAAGUAUAGCACUGUGCAAUGUACGGAUGGAUGCCUGAUAUUUCGGGUCAUCGCGGGGAGCGCAGAAUGCCAGAUAGAGUACUUUAUGAGGGUUAGCCUGGCUCUAGGAAACGGAUCAGGAACCUACGUGGCUGCUGUCUCUCGUACUGAUAUAUUCUCGUCAUCCAAGCAUUUACAGACGACCUUUAAAUCCAUGAGUAUAUUAUGGUACAGCUGA